UUUGCCGGAAGCGGCUGUCUCCCGGUUCAUUCAUUGGCUCUGGCGCCCGCCGCAUUUGAGUCACUUCCGGUCCUGUAGAAAGAUGGCGGCGCACGCGAUGUUUGCCCGCGGGGGAUGGAGCAGGGCCGCCGGCCUCCGGGGCUGCCUCUCCCACCAUCUGCUGGGCGUCUUGGGGACGGUGUCCCUGCCCAGCCCAGUCUCCCGCCUCUGCCCCAUCCUGGUGCGCAGCUUCGCUGUUGAGGCCAAGAAAACCUACGUGCGGGACAAGCCCCAUGUCAACGUGGGCACUAUUGGGCACGUGGACCACGGCAAGACCACACUGACAGCUGCCAUCACCAAGAUCCUAGCUGAGGCUGGAGGUGCCAGGUUCAAGAAGUACGAGGAGAUUGACAACGCGCCGGAGGAGAAGGCUCGUGGUAUCACCAUCAACGCCUCCCAUGUGGAGUACGCCACAGCCAACCGGCACUACGCCCACACCGACUGCCCUGGCCACGCUGACUACGUCAAGAACAUGAUCACUGGCACCGCUCCCCUAGACGGCUGCAUCCUUGUUGUGGCGGCAACAGAUGGGCAGAUGCCGCAAACCCGAGAGCACUUGCUGCUGGCCAAACAGAUCGGGGUGCGGCACAUUGUGGUGUACAUCAACAAGGCGGAUGCGGUGGAGGACCAGGAGAUGCUGGAGCUGGUGGAGCUGGAGAUCCGGGAGCUGCUCUCCGAGUUUGGCUACGAGGGGGAGAAGACGCCCGUCAUUGUGGGCUCUGCCCUCUGCGCCCUGGAGCACCGCAGCCCCGAGCUGGGACUGAACUCCAUUCUGAAGCUGCUGGACGCAGUCGACAUGCACAUCCCGCUGCCCAUGAGGGAGCUGGACAAGCCGUUCUUGCUGCCCAUCGAGUCAAUCUACUCCAUCCCAGGGCGUGGGACCGUGGUGACAGGGACACUGGAGCGUGGCAUCAUCAGGAAGGGGGAGGAGUGCGAAUUUGUGGGGCACAACCGGAACCUGCGCUCUGUGGUGACAGGCAUUGAGAUGUUCCACCAGAACCUGGAGCGGGCCGAGGCUGGGGACAACCUUGGUGCGCUGGUGCGGGGGCUGAAGCGGGAGGACAUGCGGCGUGGCAUGGUGAUGUGCAAACCGGGCUCCAUCAAGCCCCAUCAGAAGAUCGAGGCCCAGGUGUACAUCCUCAGCAAGGAGGAGGGUGGGCGGCACAAGCCUUUUGUCUCUAACUACAUGCCUGUCAUGUUCUCCCUUACCUGGGACAUGGCCUGUCGGACCAUCUUGCCCCCUGGAAAGGAGAUGGUGAUGCCCGGCGAGGACACAGCCCUGACCCUCACCCUGCGGCAGCCCAUGGUGCUGGAGGAAGGUCAGCGCUUCACGCUGCGUGAUGGCAACCGCACUAUUGGCACUGGCGUGGUCACCAAGACGCUGGAAAUGGGGCCAGAUGAUGACAAGUGGGGAGCUUAAAGGCUGGGCUGACCCAGCUCUGCCCCCAGGGCUGUGUCUGCAAACAGUGGGGGAGGGGCUAGUUCUGUCUGGUGUCCUGCUCUGUGUGGGGAUGCCCCAAGAACCUGUUUAUCACGGCAGCAUUGCAGUCACCCAGAGCUGGGUGCAAGCUGCUGCUGUGGGGCAACAGAAAUCAAACUGCUCCCCUGCCCAGAGCCCCUCCAGCAGGGGGCUAGCAGGGCUUAGGCAGCUUCCUGCUGUUUGGUUUCUUUUGUUAAUAAAGGUGCGAAUCACA